AUGGGCACCGUCGACCUGGGCUUGGCGGAGGCUGGAACGGCGAGCAUCAACAUCAUCGACUUCGAGGGGGACGAGGAGAGGCCAGAUUUUCCGCCGCCGCCGGCCGCUGCCUCUCCUCCCCCGCCCUUGCCCUGCGGUGGCUUCGUGAGGGCCGCGGGCACGAAGUGCACCGUGGGCCCGGCAGGGUCCGGCAGCGUCGGCGCGGGCGCGUUCCUCCGCGGGGUGUCCGGCGACGUGGACCCGGGCCUGGAGUUCGGUGGGGAGCUCUCCCGGCGCCUGGAGAGGAUGGACGGCAAGCUCGACUGGCUCGUCGCUCGCGUCCGGGUCCUGAGCAUCGCAGACGUCCGCCCCAGCUCCAACGCCGACGGCUCCCCCCUCAGCUCCUUCCCUUGCGCGGACUUCGACAGGCGCCUGCUGGCCCUGGUUCCAACGACAUCUCGGCCGACCUUCCUGGACGGCUGGUCUCGCAGGACCCCCACGGUUCCUACCAUGUUCAAGAACCAGUUCUUGGCCAGGAGGAUGUACGAGAAGUCCGACAGCAAGGACGUUUCGCAUGUGCAGAAACGUAUUGAGUCGCUUCCAAAGGCCAUGAGGAAGACCCGUUACAAGGUCGUUGAUUACGUCUUCACGGUGUUAGACGACCCUCAGUCCAGCAGGGUGGCUUGGUGGACUGCCUUCUGCCUGCAGGCGCUCGUGCUCCUCAGCGUGCUGGGCACUUUGAUGCAGACGGUGGAGGACCCGUUCUUGUAUGGGAGUUCGGCUGCCGUCUUCGAGACAGCGUUCGAUGUUGUGUUUCUGACAGAAGUUUGCAUUCGCUGGGCCUGCGCGCCGAACAGGGUGAACUUCGUCUUCAUGCCCCAAACGUGGAUCGAUAUCGUAGCCGCGAGUGCGAUCGCAGUGCGGGCAGCGGUUGGCUUCGUGCUCAGACCAAGCCAGGACGAUUGGGUUGCGAUAUUCUUGUUAUGUUUCGUGCCGAUUAUUCGGUUGUUGAAGAUCCUGAGACACUUUGAAACUUUCAACGUCCUCAUCCAGGCGGUCAAGAUCACGAUGGAGGCCCUGCCGAUGCUCCUGUACGCCGUGGCCUUGAUCACAAUGACUUUUGCCACCCUCAUAUACCUCGUGGAGCCAGAGCUCUUCGAGUCGCCCUUCCGGGCGGUCUGGUUCUGUCUUGUGACGGUCACGACUGUUGGUUACGGCGACUACUCACCCGAGACGACAGCGGGGAUCACCAUAGUGAUGAUCUUGAUCAUUCUGGGGGUCAUACUGAUGGCCGUGCCGAUCGGUAUCAUUGGGAACACGUUCAACAUGGUUUGGAACUCGAGGGACUAUUCGUUGUUGCUAUCGAAAACGCGGGCGAAGCUGCACCAGUGGGGCUACACAGCUCAUGACAUCCCGACGCUGUUCAAGAUCGUGGACUAUGACGAAAAUGGCGUACUCGAACUCGACGAGUUCUGCGAGCUGGUGAAAGCGAUGAAGAUUGGUCUCUCCGAGGACCGGGUCAUCGCUCUAUUUGAGCACAUGGACAAGGACGACAGCGGCGCGCUGGACGCGGCCGAGUUUGCGCUGGAAGUCUUUCCAGAAACGUUCGUCGAGGCCUUCGGCCACGCGGAUCAAGCCGAUGCGUCGAAGAAAGAUAAUUGGAUGUCAAGCCUGGCAGCCUCGAUCAACGGCGGCAAGAGUGGAGCGCCGGGGUCGGCCGCGAGGGCGGCGGCCGCCCCGUGGCGCCGGCGCGCCGCGCGCGGGCAGGCUUUGCUCCUGCCGUCGAGGCGCUGCCUUCACCCGGGCCGCGGCCGCGGCGCCCGGCAGAUGAGCAUCAUAGACUUGCAGGGGGACAGGGGCGGCAAGACGAGCGUGAGCAUCACCGACAUCGACGGGGACGAGGAGAAGCUGGAGUCGCCGCCCGCUCCGCCCGUGGCAUCGCGCCCGCUCCCGCCUGCUGCCCGCCCCCGCGGGCGCCCUAUCCUGAGCGCAUUCUCUGAGAUUGCGGACCUGACGUCGACAUCGGCGCUCGGCGAGGAGCUCUCGGGGCGCCUGGAUAAGAUCGACGACAAGCUCGACUGGAUCAUCUCUCGAGCCAAGAUCACGGCCGACCUGCGCCGCGACAGACACGACGACCCCCCUGCGCUGCCCGGGAGCCACUUGCAGCCCUCCGCCAAGAGCCCCGGAGACCACCGGGCCUCCGCCCGGAGCGCCGCCUCCGCGGACGCCGAGCACGGGGCCGGCACCCUCCGCCGGAGCGCCGACGAAGGCGGCCUGCGCAGCAUCGAGCCCCCGGCGGUGGUCCACGCGACGCCGCCCGCGGGCCACGGGCGCGGCAGCGGCAGCCGGCCGCCCCGCCUGUCCCGCUCCCAGGACUCCCUCGACCAGGUGAGCGGCCAGCUGAGCCACCCCGCCUCGCGCAUGCCGCCGCGGGCCUCGAGGGCGGGCUCCAGCGGCACGAGCCUGGGCGUGAGCCUGGGGGCCGGGCCGCGAGGGUCGAACCGGGCCUUCUCCGAGGGCGGCACGCUCAUCCCGAACCUGAGCAAGCGGCCCGGGGCGGCCGCGUCGCCGUGGGCGAUCCCGGGCCGGUCGGGGUCGCUGACGAGGAAGUUGCGGGGCCAUGGCUCACAGCAGUCGGUGCCCACCAUGUUCAAGAACCAGUUUCUGGCCAGGAGGAUGUACGAGAAGUCUGCGAGCAAGGACCUUGCGCACGUGCAGCAGCGUAUCCAGUCGCUUCCCAAAGCGAUGAGGAGCAACCGGUACCAGGCGGUGGACUACAUCUAUACGAUUUUAGACGACCCCCAGUCAAGCAAGGUGGCCUGGUGGACAGCCUUGUGCCUGCAGGCGCUCGUGCUCCUCAGCGUGUUGUUCACCUUGAUGCAGACGGUGGAGGACCCGCUCCUGCAAGGAUGGCCGGCCGCCAUCGUCGAGACGGUCAUCGACCUCGUGUUUCUGACGGAGGUCUGCACUCGCUGGUGCUGUGCACCGAACAAGGUGAAUUUCUUCUUCAUCACCCACUCGUGGAUCGACAUCGCAGCCGCGAGCGCGGUCGCGGUGCGGGCAGCGGCGGGCUUCGUGCUCCCACAGAUACAGAGCCAGGACGACUCGAUUGCGAUCUUCCUGCUGUGCUUUGUGCCGAUCCUUCGGUUAUUGAAGAUCAUACGGCACUUCGAAACCUUCAACGUACUUCUCCAGGCGGUGAAGAUGACAAUGGAGGCCCUCCCGAUGCUCCUGUACGCUGUGGCCUUGAUCACUAUGACCUUUGCCACCCUCAUAUACCUCGUGGAGCCUGAUCUUUUCGAGUCGCCCUUCCGGGCAGUGUGGUUCUGCCUUGUGACCGUCACCACAGUCGGCUACGGCGACUAUUCCCCCGUGACCACAGCAGGAAUCACAAUAGUAAUGAUCUUGAUCAUUAUCGGGGUUAUGUUGAUGGCCGUUCCCGUGGGCAUCAUCGGAAUGCAGUUCAACGAGGUCUGGAACGCGAGGGACUACUCGCUGCUGCUGUCGAAAACGCGGGCGAGGCUGCACCAGUGGGGCUACACAGCUCAUGACAUCCCGAUGUUGUUCAAGAUUGUCGACUAUGACGACAACGGGGUGCUCGAGCUCGACGAGUUCUGCGAGCUGGUGAAGGAGAUGAAGAUCGGACUCUCCGAGGAUCGGAUCGUCGCUCUGUUUGAGCACAUGGACAGGGACGGCAGCGGCGCUCUGGACGCAGCCGAGUUCGCGCUGGAAGUUUUCCCAGACACGUUCGUCGAGGCGUUCGGCCAUGCGGAGAAAGCCGACUUCGAGAAGAGAGCAAGUCUCCAUUGGAUGACGAGCUUGGCAGCCACGAUCAACAACGGCGCCAGCAAGACGUCUCCCUUUCGACGCAGCAAGACCGCCGGCACCUAGCUGCAGCGCGCCGUCUGACUCGCCGCAUAGCUAUGCAGUGUGCUACGUGACUGGCCGCCUAGCUGACCGCUUGGACGCCCUUGGGGGCCUCUGCUGCUUGAGACGCCCGUGAGCCUCUGGGUCCGCUCUUCGCUCCCCAGUCAUUCCUUUAAUUUGCUCCUCCUCCUCCUCCUCCUUUCCCCACGCCUGUGUCAUUCGAUCACGCACAUCCGUCACCGUGCCGGGCCCCAUUCAGCCUGCUACAGCUGCAGUGACUUUGGUAGGGACGCGUCUGGCCUAUGAUGAUCUGAAACCGCUGCGCGUCCGAACUGCAGAAGCGACCUGUUCAUUCGCUGAGUAGCAACAGCUGGUGUUGGUUGGCAGCCCGCAUUUUCCCGAGGCGGGGAGCGAUUCAGUACCACCAGGGGUCGCGGCCAGUGGGAUGUCUGGCAGGCCCUUUCGGUUUUUCCAUCUGCCGAGCUGCCUUUGCACCACUUGUCAGAUACCUCUGGCGCGCUGUGCCAUGAUAGCCAGCCAUGCCCACGCUAGUGUGGCACACUUUUCCGUAUAAGUUGCACAAGCACGAAUUCCUAACGGAAUAUGCUUCACAACGCAUGGGGCAUUUGCUUGCCAUUCGUUUGCUCAACGUCACCACGGUACUUCCGCUUCGACUGCUAAAAA